AACAUCACCACAGAGAAGGGAAACAUGAUAGCCUCAGCCCUUGCUCAGAUCCCACAAAAGGUGCUGUGGAGAUACAGUGGAGAAAAACCAGCAACUCUGGGUGCCAACACCAGAAUAUACGACUGGAUCCCUCAGAAUGACCUACUGGGUCACCCCAAAACCAGAGCUUUCAUCACCCAUGGUGGCACAAACGGGAUCUAUGAGGCCAUCUACCACGGUGUUCCCAUGGUAGGCAUCCCCAUGUUUGCUGACCAGCCAGACAACAUGGUCCAUAUUAAGGCUAAGGGAGCUGGAGUUAUAACAGAUUUGAAUUUCAUGAAGACUGAGGACCUUAAAGAUGCAAUCAAUGCUGUCAUCAAUGAAAAAUCGUACAAGGAAAGUGUCAUGCAGCUGUCUAGUAUCCACCACGACAGACCAAUGAGUCCUCGGGAUGAAGCGGUAUUCUGGAUCGAGUACACCAUGAGAAAUAAAGGUGCAAAGCAUCUGAGGGUUCAGGCCCAUGAGCUCACCUGGUACCAGUAUCACAGCCUGGAUGUCCUGGCCUUCCUCCUCACCAUUGUUCUGUUCAUCUUACUUCUCUUAAUCAAGACCUGCAGAUUCUGCUUCUGGAUGUGCUGUGGUAGAAAGAGAAAGACUAAGAGAAAGGCAGAGUAAAUUACAACCUUUUUGCUCACUGAUUGUCCCGUUUGACUUAAUCAUGUAAGGUAACCACAAUGCCCUGGAUUGGCUCGGAACCAGUAAUUGUCACUUUGAACAAAUAAUUAGGGCAGAAAUGAGAAAUGACACAGAAAUUACUCUACAGUGUACAGUAUUCUUUUGAAACUCCAUCAAUGUAUCAUAUGUAAUGUGUUGUACUAUUUUUUUCACUGGCUUUGUCACCAUAAACUGAAGAAAAAAAACAUUAUUGUUAACCUCAACAUAUAUAAUGUAUUUGCAUUCCAACAUGUGAACCUUCUUCUUGUCAGCUCCUCUGUGUGCAGUUGUAAUAACGUCGAUUGCUGUCAGGUGUGCACUAGCUUGAAUGACUGCAACU